GUUCAGAAAAGCAGAGAGGAGAGGAGCAGUGCGGGAGAGACGGGUGUCCAUCCGUCAACUAGCUGGAGGAACGCACACUAACAAACCCUUAUGGCUGCUUGAGAAAUAACGAUACACCCCCCCUCCCCCUUUUUUCUCUUUCUCUGGGACUUUUUGCUUUUAGUUUUUGUCCUGAACAGAAGUUGUUGCAAGUCUAAUUAGUUGCUCCAAGUUGAAAAAGUGAAUCCACUUGCCGUGGACGUAUCUGGCGGUCAUGGAUACCCAUAUAAGAUGGAAAGUUAAACGGAGGAUAAGGGACGCCCAAAUCACUUUAGCGGUGAUUUUGCUUUUUGUCACAACGCAAGCAAGUUCAGCGGAACCAGCAGACCUCUUGAAGAUUUUAGAUUUUCACAGUUUACCUGAGGGUGUUACAAAAACAACGGGUUUCUGCUCACAUCGGAGGUCAACACAAGGACCCGAUGUGGCUUACAGAGUAUCCAAAGACGCCCAACUCAGUGCCCCCACCAUACAGCUGUAUCCAGGUGAUGUGUUCCCGGAGGACUUUUCCAUCUUGGCCACAGUGAAGCCUAAGAGGGGCAGCCAGUCCUUCCUGUUGUCUGUGUACAAUGAACAGGGCAUCCAGCAGCUCGGACUAGAAGUGGGCCGCUCCCCAGUGUUCCUGUACGAGGACCACACAGGCAAACCCAGCCCCGAGGACUACCCCCUCUUCAGAGGAGUCAACCUAGCUGACGGAAAGUGGCAUCGAGUGGCCAUCAGUGUGCACAAGCAGACCAUCACCCUCAUUCUGGACUGUAAAAAGAAGAGCACCCAGAAGCUGCUCCGAAGCGCCAGCCCCAUCAUCGAUACCAAGGGAAUUGUAGUUUUUGGAACUAGAAUACUUGAUGAAGAAGUCUUUGAGGGAGACAUCCAGCAGCUAAUGAUUGUAGCAGACCAUCGUGCUGCCUAUGACUACUGUGAGCACUACAGCCCCGAUUGUGAAGUGGCAGUGCCCGACCAGCCUCAGAACCAGGACCCCAACACAGAUGAAUAUAACACAGAUGACAGCUACUAUUACGAAUACCCUUACUAUGAGGAUGCGGACGGCAAGGCUUUUGAGUCAACAGAUGACGCUGACGCAACCGAGAAAGAAGUGAAGGUUACAGGUGUAGACAGCUUGGUGACCUCAGUGAAGGAAGUUUUGGGCGGUGGUGCAAGUGUCCAAGGCGGCAAAGUCACCAUCUCCACUAGUUCAUCCUCUGGCUCAUCCUCUGGCUCAUCUACUGGCUCAUCUUCUGGCUCAUCUACUGGCUCAUCUUCUGGCUCAUCUACUGGCUCAUCCGCCGGCUCAUCCUCCAGCUCAUCCAGCAGCUCUUCAUCAAGCUCUUCAAGUACUGGCACCGGAGGAGGAGACGCCUACGGAGAGGAGACGAGUCCCUACGACAGCUACGACGGCUACGGCAACUACGAGACCUACUACGACGAGUCCACGGCAUCACCCGAUGGAGACAUCACUCGACGUGUCACUAUCACCAGCACCGGCACCGGGAGCGACCUGGAGCUGGCAGCAGGGGGAAAGAUUGACUUGGGUACAGGGACUGGAAUUGAAAGGCGGGUCAUCACCACCGGAGGAGGAGGAUCUACUAUUACCAUGACCAGCAAUAAGACAACAGUUGGCACUGCCUACGAUGACUACAGCGACGGAUAUGAUUACAACGUGGAUGGCCAUUACACCACUGGUGGAGGUGGCGGCAGCAGUAGUACGGUUCACAUUGGUGGUGGAGGCAGCAGCAGCAGCACUGUGCACAUCAGUGGUGGAGGUGGCAGUGGAGGUGCCGGUGCCGGUGGCGGCAGCAGCAGCACAGUCGAUCUUGGCGGUGGAGGCAGCAGCAGCACAGUUCAUGUCAGUGGCGGCGGGGGCGGCAGCAGCAGCAGCAGCAGCACAGUCCACAUCGGGGGCGGAGGCAGCAGCAGUUCUACCAUCACCGUCGGAGGUGGAGGUGGAUCUGCCAGCGCCGGCACCGGAGGAGGGGGAUCCGUCGCCACUGGAACGGGCGCGGGACUCGAUGGUGACUACACCGAUCUGGAGGAUGGAUUCAAAGAGGAACACCUCAGCAACUACGAUGAUUUAGGAGCAUAUGACAACUAUGAUGACCUUUCGGAGUACAGUGACAAAGAGAGCCAAGUGCUGCCUGCUCAGACUGACGAGUAUUAUGGACAGGUCGACGGAGCCCGUGGCGAGAAGGGACAGAAGGGAGAGCCUGCUGUUAUUGAGCCUGGAAUGUUGGUGGAGGGUCCGCCUGGGCCUGAAGGGCCAACAGGCCUCCCCGGACCCCCAGGUUCUUCAGGUCCACCAGGCAGUGCUGGAGAUUCUGGAGAGAGGGGUCCUCCGGGUCGUCCUGGUCUUCCUGGUGCUGAUGGUCUGCCAGGACCCCCUGGAACUGUCCUGAUGCUGCCUUUCAGAUUCAGCUCUGGAGGUGACUCUGGACAGAAGGGACCUGCAGUAUCAGCACAGGAGGCCCAGAUGCAGGCCAUCAUGCAGCAGGCUAGGCUGGCUAUGCGCGGCCCCACCGGUCCAAUGGGUUUGACUGGCAGAUCCGGCCCACUGGGGCCUCCUGGUGUCCCAGGACUGAAGGGAGAGUCUGGAGAAGCAGGUCCUCAGGGACCACGUGGACCUUUGGGAUCCCCUGGACCCACUGGAAAACCUGGCAGAAGGGGUCGUUCUGGAGCUGACGGUGCCAGGGGCAUGCCGGGACAGUCUGGACCCAAGGGAGACAGAGGGUUUGAUGGUCUGGCCGGACUUCCUGGUGAAAAAGGACACAGAGGUGAAUCUGGCCCCUCUGGACCUCCUGGAGCUACUGGAGAGGAUGGAGAAAGGGGAGAUGAUGGAGAGAUCGGACCCAGGGGACUUCCUGGUGAACCAGGGCCCCGUGGUUUGCUGGGACCAAAAGGACCUCAGGGACCUCCUGGACCCCCUGGUGUUACUGGAAUGGAUGGCCACUCUGGACCCAAAGGAAACAUUGGACCUCAAGGAGAGCCAGGACCUCCCGGACAGCAAGGCAACCCAGGGGCCCAGGGACUUGCAGGGCCCCAAGGAGCAAUCGGACCUCCAGGAGAGAAGGGUCCUACUGGAAAGCCAGGUUUGCCAGGAAUGCCAGGAGCUGAUGGUCCACCGGGUCACCCUGGAAAGGAGGGACCUAAUGGAGAGAAAGGACACUCCGGCCCUGCUGGCCCUCAAGGACCCAUUGGUUAUCCUGGACCCCGAGGCGUGAAGGGAGCCGACGGCGUACGCGGUCUUAAAGGACAUAAGGGUGAAAAGGGAGAAGACGGCUUCCCCGGCUUCAAGGGAGAUAUGGGUAUCAAGGGCGACAGGGGAGAGUUAGGACCAGCUGGACCCAGAGGAGAAGAUGGUCCCGAGGGACCAAAGGGUCGCUCAGGUCUCCCAGGUGAUGCUGGUCCUCUUGGCUCGAGUGGUGAGAAGGGUAAACUUGGAGUUCCCGGAUUGCCAGGUUACCCAGGAAGACAAGGACCAAAGGGAUCUCAAGGUUUCCAAGGUUUCCCUGGCGCCAAUGGGGAGAAAGGAGCUCGGGGAACAGCAGGAAAGCCUGGCCCACGCGGACAGAGAGGACCAACGGGACCCAGAGGAGAGAGAGGACCGAGGGGACCAACAGGAAAAGCUGGACCAAAGGGUAACUCAGGAAAUGACGGACCACCAGGACCUCCCGGUGAAAGGGGUCUGCCAGGGCCUCAGGGACCAACAGGUUUCCCAGGACCAAAGGGCCCUCCUGGACCUGCAGGAAAAGACGGACUGCCCGGACAUCCUGGACAGAGAGGAGAGACUGGAUUCCAAGGCAAGACCGGCCCUCCUGGCCCCCCAGGCGUGGUUGGACCUCAGGGACCAACAGGUGAGACUGGACCAAUGGGAGAUCGUGGUCAUCCAGGACCCCCAGGCCCACCUGGUGAGCAGGGUCUACCUGGAGCGGCAGGGAAAGAAGGAGCCAAGGGUGACCCCGGUCCUGCUGGCCCAGCAGGUAAAGAUGGCCCUCCUGGACCAAGAGGUUUCCCCGGAGAGAGAGGUCUGCCCGGCCCUGUGGGUGCUCACGGUCUGAAAGGGAAUGAAGGACCUCACGGCCCACCAGGCCCUGCUGGUUCUCCUGGUGAGCGUGGCCCUGCUGGCCCAGCCGGUCCUACAGGUCUUCCUGGACGACCUGGCCCUCAGGGACCUCCAGGCCCUGCCGGAGAGAAAGGUGGACCGGGAGAGAAAGGACCUCAAGGCCCAGCUGGAAGAGACGGUAUUCAGGGACCCGUGGGUCUGCCAGGACCUGGAGGACCUCCUGGACCACCUGGAGAGGACGGAGACAAGGGAGAGCUUGGAGAGCCAGGCCAGAAAGGAGGCAAGGGUGACAAAGGAGAGCAUGGUCCACCUGGCCCCACCGGCCCUCAAGGACCCGUCGGAGCACCUGGUCCUGCUGGUGCAGAUGGUGAGCCUGGUCCCAGAGGUCAGCAGGGUCUGUUCGGCCAGAAGGGAGAUGAAGGAUCAAGAGGAUUCCCCGGACCUCCGGGUCCAGUUGGGCUGCAGGGCUUGCCUGGUCCACCUGGUGAGAAAGGUGAAACUGGAGACGUCGGUCAGAUGGGUCCACCCGGCCCCCCUGGUCCCAGAGGCCCCUCAGGACCCCCUGGAGCCGAUGGCCCUCAGGGACCUCCUGGUGGUAUUGGAAAUCCUGGUAAUGUUGGAGAAAAGGGAGAUGCUGGUGAAACAGGAGAGCCCGGUCUUCAGGGAGAAGUUGGCCCUCCAGGUCCAAGAGGAGAGCGAGGAGAAAAGGGAGAGGGCGGUCCGGCUGGUACUGCUGGACCUCCUGGCCCUAAAGGUCCCCCUGGAGAUGAUGGUCCCAAAGGCAGCCCUGGUCCCAGUGGUUUCCCCGGUGACCCAGGCCCCCCUGGAGAGCCCGGUCCAGCUGGGUUAGAUGGUCCCUCUGGUGACAAGGGAGAUGAUGGAGAGGCCGGUCAAGCUGGUUCUCCUGGACCCACUGGAGAGUCUGGUCCCUCUGGACCACCAGGAAAGAGAGGCCCCCCUGGAGCAGCAGGACCUGAGGGAAGACAAGGAGAGAAAGGAGCCAAGGGAGAAUCUGGUUUGGAAGGUCCCCAAGGAAAGACAGGCCCUGUUGGUCCUCAAGGAUCACCUGGCAAGCCCGGUUCUGAAGGCCUCAGGGGUAUCCCUGGCCCAGUUGGAGAGCAAGGUCUACCUGGUUCUCCAGGCCCAGAUGGACCUCCCGGACCUAUGGGUCCUCCUGGUUUACCCGGUUUGAAAGGAGAUUCUGGUGUCAAAGGAGAAAAGGGCCAUCCGGGUCUUAUUGGUCUGAUCGGACCCCCGGGUGAACAGGGAGAGAAGGGAGACAGAGGCCUUCCUGGUCCACCAGGAUCACAUGGUUCCAAAGGAGACAAUGGUAUUGCUGGUCCUUCCGGUCCACUUGGCCCCAUCGGCCCUCCUGGAUUACCUGGUCCUCCUGGUCCCAAAGGAGCUAAAGGGUCAUCGGGUCAAACUGGACCAAAAGGAGAGACUGGUACAACUGGACCUCCUGGCCCUCCUGGUCCUCCUGGCGAUGUCAUCCACCCACUCCCCAUCCAGUCCUCUAUGAAGGGCAGAACCCGCAGGAGCAUCGAUGCCAGCCAAAUGAUGGACGAAGCAAACGUGGACGCCAACUACAAGGACUACGACGACGGCAUGGAGGAAAUCUUUGGCUCGCUCAACUCCCUUAAGCUGGAGAUCGAGCAGAUGAAGCACCCGCUGGGCACACAGACCAACCCCGCUCGUACCUGCAAAGACCUGCAGCUCUGCCAUCCUGAUUUCCCCGAUGGUGAGUACUGGAUUGAUCCAAACCAGGGCUGCUCGCGGGACUCCUUCAAGGUUUACUGCAACUUCACAGCAGGUGGAGAGAGCUGCAUCUUCCCAGAUAAGAAGUCUGAAGGGAGCAAAAUGGCAAAAUGGCCCAAAGACUCGCCAGGCUCAUGGUAUAGUCACUACAAGAGAGGUUCCCUGCUCUCCUACGUGGACGCGGAGGGCAACCCCAUCAGCGUGGUGCAGAUGACUUUCAUGCGGCUGCUGAGCGCGGCGGCCCGACAGAACAUGACAUACAACUGCUACCAGUCGGUGGCCUGGCACGACCAGGACCAGGACAACUACGACAAGGCCAUCCGUUUCCUGGGCUCCAACGAUGAGGAGAUGUCUUAUGAUAACAACCCCUACAUCCGCUCUGUGGUCGACGGCUGCGCGCUGAAAAAGGGUUAUGAAAAGACAGUACUUGAGAUCAACACACCAAAGGUGGAACAGGUGCCAUUUGUGGACAUCAUGUUCAACGAUUUUGGCGGCUCCACGCAGAAGUUCGGAUUUGAAGUGGGCCCUGUCUGUUUCAUCGGCUAAGACUGUUUACUGAACAAAUGGAGAAAAAAAAAGCAUAUAUUUGUUUUCUCAGAAAAGAAAAAAAACAAUUGAAAAAGAAUAGGAGAAUUCUAUUUGUAAAAAAGUAACUUUUUUUCCAUAAAGCAACAAGUAUGAGUAAAAUGAAAAUCAAGUUGAGAAUACAGUGAAAUUCUAUAGGAAUAGAGGAAAACGAAAUAACCUCAGUGUGCCUUCUCCAUCACAUGCAAGUUUUGAAACUGGAUGUCAGAUCCUGCCUCCUACACAAAACACACACACAAACACACGACCCAUGCCCCCAUGUCACCAACGAAGGCGACCCUGAGAGCUGCAGCCGUUCCAGACGGUCGCAGUAUUUGCCACGGACUCCAUCUGAUUUGGCUCUUUUCUUUUCUCAUGUUUUCCCUCAUCUCCCUGGCUUUUUUUUCCACUAGUCUUUUGUUUUUGUUUUUUUGCUCAUUCACUAAGGGAGCUUUGUUUGUGCAUAAUUCUCUCCCCAUUCCCUUGGAAUGGACCUUAUAUAUAUAAAUAUAUAUAAAUAAUUUUUAUGUUUGUAAGUACAUUCUGUAUAUUUUUCCUGGUAAUGUUUAUUGCUUCUGGCUUCAAAACAUGCAUGUGACUUUAUAAAUUGUGAGGUAGGAGACGAUGGAUACAGGGAUAACAUCUAAAUUGUAGAAAUAUAUCGUGAAGUGAGGAAAUUCGACUUGUAAAUUGACAAAAACAAGCAAAAACAAAUUGGGAAGUCCUGUCUUGUUGCAGUUGUGGAGCACACCUUGUUGUAAUUUAAGAGCAGAAUGGAAAUAAAAGACGAAAACAAGCUCUGUGAUAUUAUGUGACAGUUUGAUUUGCGUAAAAAAAAAAAAAAUACAUUCCUCCUUUUGUGCCCUCUGAACAGAACACCAUAAUAUCAUUAACUUAAUAAACAGCUUCUAUUUUUCCUGAAAUACACAUCUGUCUGACUAUGCAAUGGGAGAUGAUGUCACAUUUUAAUGAAAACACAAAGAAAUCAAAACCUAGGUGCUAUUUUCUCUCUUCUGUGGUGCUAUGUAUUUUUCUAGUUUGUGUUGUUUGAAUGAAAGGAAAUUUGUGGUGAUAAUAUUCCGUCACCAGCCGCCCCCUUGACUCUCUUAAACCACCACGUCCGACGCAGGUGGAUCUUUGCUUCAUCCAUUUUUUUAUUUUAAUUAUUCAGCCAGCGGUGGUGUUUGCAUGCCAUUUCUCUACAUAUCCACCCGCACAUCAGUGCAGCAUGGCGCCGUAUGUUAUCUCCUGCUUGAGCGGAACAGCACAGAUAUAAAAACUUGUACAAAUGUUGGAUUAACGGGAGGAAAACGAAGGCUUUGCAUAUCAUUGCUCUUAAGACGCUGCAUUAAUGGCUCUUGCUGUUGGAUCAUCUGUGCCACAUCAAACUGAUGGGAGUUAAGAAAUGUUGUGAUUGGGCCAAAGCGUCCAAAAGGGAAAGUUUUUGUUUGGUGUUUUUAAUAAUAAAAACCCUUCCACCAAAGGUUAUCAGGUAUAUAUUUAGCUUUAAGGGCCAUUGUGGCUUGAAAUCCAUUUGUUUUUGUACGGGAAACAACUUUAAAAGUUCUUUUUUCUUGUAGAAGCAGGUCGCCAUAUUAGCCAGGUGAAAGUUUUUGCUCAUGCAGCGUCAAAAAUCGCUUGUUGGUCUCCUAUUUUUUGCCCUUAUUGUAAUUAUGCUCUUUGUUCGAACUAUGCACUCUCUAUGCUUAUGACCACUAGUAUCUACCACAGAAUUUUUACAGCCCUUCAUACAUACGUUUGUUUUAUUUCCUUUUUUUUUUUUUUAAUCUAUCAAAUAUGUGACUUGAACCAUUUCUGUUAAGAUAACGCAAUAUGCUUGUAGAUCCUUGGCUUUAUUUUAUCAUUGUGGCGCCCAAAUUUAACACUUUCCUCUCAAUAAAGAAAAAGGAGAAACAAAUUUUUGUAAAUUUCCAGAACCAGCAGUGAUGCUGCCAUUGUUUUGUUUUGUUUUUUGUUUUAUUUUGUAGAUUUUCCGUUUGUCUGUCUGUUUGUUUGUUUUCACAGUCUUGUCAAACCUGUGUAAGGAUAAGAGGAUAGAAGUUAUAUUGGUUUUUAUGUCAAUAAAUUCAAGUUUACUGUGGCCAUCCCACUCUUGUAUGUCUUUUGAAGCAUUAAAACCUAUCUGUAUGCAUGAAA